AUGGACUCGCCGGAACAGCCCAGCGCCAAGCGUAUCAACGCCCCGGUGACGCCGUCCCCGCUUUGGCGCCUCAACGACGACCUUCUCGCGGAUAUCUUCCUCCGCCUGCCCACCCUCGCCGAUGUAGGGCGCGCCGCCACCGCCUGCGCCUCCUUCCGACGCGUCGUCGCCGACUGCACCUUCCUCCGCCGCCUCCACUCCGUCCACCCGGUGCCCCUCCUCGGUUUACUGCUCUUCUCAUCGGUCCACCCGGCGGAGCCGCCCCACACCUCCGCGCCCUAUGCGCGAGCUCUGCGGCGGGCCGCCGACCUCUCCUUCUCCUUCGUCCCCUGCGCCGGCCGCUGGAUCCCGGUCGACGCCCGCGACGGCCGCGUCCUCCUGGAGCGCGAGGCCAUGGGCGGCGACUUUGCGGUGUGCGACCCUGUGUUCCGGCGAUACCUCUUCCUCCCCCAUAUCCCCGGACACCCAGCCGCUCAGCGCUGCGGUCGUCUGGAGCCGUUCCUCGUCCCCGCCACUGACGAGGAGGCGGAGACGUCGUUCAGGGUGGUCUGCGUGGUGGAGCGCAAACCUGGACAGCUGGUCGCCUUCGUCUUCUCUUCGGGCACCGGAAGAUGGGGAAGUCUAGCCGUGGAUGUCAGCGUGCAUCCCUCUUGCAAUUUUUCAUGGUCCUCCUACGCUUUCGGCAGCUGCUACUGGAAGGUGACUGGGACUAACAAAUUCCUUGUGCUCGACACGCGUUCCAUGGUGUUCUCCUCCUUUGACAUCCCGUCUGGUCACGGCCAGCAAGAUUCUGUCAUUGUGGAGGCAGCAGAAGGCAGAAUUGGAAUGUUCACUCUCCACAACAGCAUGAUCUCUGCUGCAUCUUACCUCGUUUAUGCUGUUCGGGUAAUCCACGAAGAAGGCAACAGCCUUUGGCAGCUUAAGAGGAGAGUCAGGUUGCCGUCCCGAUAUAUUUUCAGCUUUGCAGAUGCAACGGAUAAGCACUUGCUUCUUCGUGGGAUUCCAUGGAAUUUGCACCUGGAGCCUUCUACUCAUGACGUUGACGUAGGAUACUUCUCUGUUGAGUUUGAGUCUAUGCAGGUUGAGAAAAUUUGUGGCCUCAGGAACCUUCUAUAUGCCAAACAGUACACUGGUUUUCCACCGUCAUUGUGCCUACCAAGAAUAUGA